GGCCUAAACUGCAGUGCACUGGACUGACUCCUGUAUUUGGAAAUGCAGGAUCACUACAGACGGAUUAGCUUGCACUGAACAGACUGGAAACUCAGUUCCAUAUACCAGAGGAUCAGUACAGAUUGGACCAUUUCCUACAAGCCAAGGAGUGGAAAAAUCACAACUGGUCAUCACAGAUCAAAUGGAUUCCCACAGAAUGGUGCAGCACUAUGUUUUCCUUGUUUUAGUUUUUUUGCUGUCCCUCGCCUGGUUUUCAACUGCUCAUGAGAUCCCAACUCUCACCACUUUGGAAGAGUUAAACCAGACGGAGUUUGGACACCAUUUUCCUCGCCAUGGCUUGAAGCUCCUGCACUGGUUUGUACAGAGUGCAAUAAAGACAGACAAUGAAAAUGUGGACAUGGUUUUUGAUCCUCGAAUGAGGCUUUUUGGUUUCCAUGAGUACCAUAAUCACCAGCUCCGACUACCACUCCUGAACAACAGCCUUUCUUAUCAAGUUGUGGGAGACCUGGACACCCAGAAUCACCCAGGGGCCCGGGCCUUACCUUGGUACAUCAAACAGGAUUAUCUCUAUGUCAGGAGUCAGUACUUCUCAGUGUCGGAGCUUCAGAAGGCAAACUGUGAGCGUUUGAUAAUCUCCUUUGAUUCUACUGACUGGGGAGUAAAGGCAGUCUAUCUUAUCGACAUAUCUUCCCCAGCUGCCAUUCAACAGCUCAGCAAUGCUCUCCUUGCUGAAAUACAGUCCCACACCUUGGAAAGUUUUUUGAACUUUUUCAGUUUUGAUCUCCGUUACUGUGCCACGGGGAAAGACUCUGAAAGUGAAACAUGUUCGGAAUUGUUCUCUAAGGGCACAAGGCUGGAAGUCAAGACAAACAGCAAUGGGCAUGCACAAAUGACUUGGAGCCACCUGCCCUGGGCCGAGAAUGACCAGUGGGUGGGCCUGUACGCAGACGACAGCAAAAGCAAUGGCGAUCGCCUGGCGUGGCACAAUGUAAGCACACAAAGAGGUGUCUUCCAAACUGCAGUGGACAUGAAUCCUGGUCUGCAAAUACGUCUGCUCAAAGACAAGACACAUUCACUGUUCAAUGGGGAGGAGCUGGAUGAGGCUUGUAGGGAAACCCCAAAACAAAUCCCAGGUUUCAAGGCUUAUCUACAACUCUACACCGAGAAUGGCUAUGCUUGUGCUAGGCUCUACAUCGACAAGUCCUUUACAAAUUGGAGGGAGCGGCUCCAUAAUGCCUGGAUCGGGUUCUAUUCUUCAAAGUUUGAUCACUCGAAGAAAUACAGGAAUUUUCAGUGGGUGUCAAAAUUUUGGGAAGACAAAGAUCUUCAUCCUUAUGUGGUCCUAAGAGAAAAUUGCUGGGGAGGGCGGUUGUCCUGGGGGGUCCAAGCACGUUUCUUCCCGAAUAAAUCAUACAAUGACGUGGUGCGUACGCCACAUUGGAAGUGCUAAGCAGAAAAA